AUGUUGUUCCGUGCUGAGCGCUAUCUCUGGACCGUCGCCGCACUCUCCAGCGUCCUAGAUGCCGCCGUUGUUCAAAGGCAAAAUCAGGUCUGCAAUGCGGACAACUGUCUUCGUGCCUUGAGAGGCAAUUCGGGCGCAUCUGCGUUCUGCGCGACCUAUACCACCGCCGUCCAGACGACGACGACUGGCCUGCCAGCCUACUUUAGUGCCUGUGCCUCGAGCACUUCCCGACUCAGCUCAGCGUGCAGAUGUCUCGCCACGGGUACUGCGACGACAACCACGACACCGGCAGCAUCGCCUUCUACCCCACCUGCUGGUAGCUGCCCCACAGCCACUGUCACUCAGCCGGCCUCCACCGCCACUAUUACUCAGUCUGCCACUACGAUUACGGUGACAACCACUCAAGUGGGAGCCGGAGACGACACUACAGUCACGGUUCCAACCACGAUCACGCUUCCAGGAGAGGAUACCGAAAGCACCAUCACUAUUACGGUUCCGACCACGUUGACUGUGCCAGGUGCCGGAGAAGUUACAACACUUACGAUUCCAGGCGCGGGAGAGAUUACUACAAUCACGAUUCCAACUACCGUGACUCUCCCAGGGGAGGACACUGAGACCACUAUCACUAUUCCAACUACUAUAACUCUCCCAGGGGAGGACACUGUAACGACAACUACCGCAUCGUGUGACACUGCCACGCUUACAGUGCCAACUACCAUCACCGAUGCAACCACCGUUACCAUUCCUAUUACGCUCCCGCCAGUCACGGAUACUACCACUCUCCCCGCAUCCACAAUCACUCUUCCAGCAGACACAAUCACCCUUCCAGCGGAUACUAUCACUCUUCCAGCGGACACAGUGACCCUACCAGCUGAUACAGUCACUCUUCCGGCAGCGACAGUGACUCUCCCAGCAGACACGGUCACUCUCCCGGCAUCGACAGUCACGCUUCCGGCGGACACAGUGACUCUCCCGGCAUCGACAGUCACCCUUCCAGUAGAGACAGUUACCCUUCCAGCGGACACGGUCACUCUUCCUGCAUCCACAGUCACCCUCCCCGCAGUGACCCUCCCAGCAGACACAGUCACUCUCCCCGCAUCAACAGUUACCCUCCCGGCAUCAACAGUCACCCUCCCGGCAUCAACAGUCACCCUCCCGGCAUCAACAGUCACCCUUCCGCCCGUAGUCAACACAUUGACGAACAUAGUGACGACCACCAUAGCGCGAACGACAGUCACCGAGACCCUGACCGCCUGCACUAGCACCAUCGCCCGAACCACUGUGAGCUCCUGCACUGCCACUUCCACAAUCGCUCGUUCGACGGUCAUCGGCGUUUGUACGACGGCAGCCCCGUGA